GGCCACACCUUCAUGUACACAAGAGGUCCCAGCGGCGAGCGAGAUGCGCCUCGAUUUGGGCCGAUUUUAUGACUGAUGGGGUCGCCUGAGGUCCUGGUCACAGCCCGAAGUCGACUGGAAGGUGCUGCUGUGAUGGGUGCAAAGAGAUAGUUGAUGACUCAAAUGCACGACAAGCAAAAUGGAUGCUGGAUUGAGCGAGGAGGAGCUGCUCAUCCGGGCCAGGGAGGAGCGUGCAGCCAUCGUAGGCCGGUACGAUCUCGGCCGCGAAGAAGGGGCUAUCAUAGAUCCAUGGGAAGACCCAGAAUUCGAGGUCUAUCACACCACAGACAGAUAUGGCUUUAUACAUGACAACAGGCUGCCUCAGUCCCGUUCCAAGGAGGAGGAGAAGAGACUGGAGAUCGAAAUGUCUAGGAUACCCAAGUGGACAAAGAUGAUAAAGUCGUGGGAGAAAUAUUGGGACAAGGAGAAGUUUUUCAAGCGCGUCUACAAAGGGAUUCCUGACCGGUUUCGGGGCACUGUGUGGGCCAAGCUGCUCUACCUCGAACAGAUCAAGGAGGAGCAGAAAGGAAAGUAUGAGGAAAUGAGAAGACUCGGACGCAAGUGGUCCACGGACGUACGACAGAUUGACUUAGAUGUAAACAGAACCUACAGAGACCAUUCCAUGUUUCGUAAAAGAUAUGAUGAGAAGCAACGGCAACUCUUUCAUAUCCUUGUUGCAUACUCAAUGUACAACCAAGAAGUGGGUUACUGCCAAGGUAUGUCCCAGAUUGCUGCGUUGCUACUCAUGUACCUGAAUGAAGAGGAUGCGUUCUGGGCACUCUCAGCUCUCAUGUCCUCCCCCAAGUAUGCCAUGCAUGGGUUCUUCAUUCCUGGGUUCCCAAAGCUUUUGCGGUACCAGCAGCACCAUGACAAAAUCUUGGAAAAGUUCUUGCCAAAGCUUAAGAAGCACUUGGAGAGAAACUGCAUUGAUUCUGGCUUGUAUACCCUCAAAUGGUUCUUUCAGUGCUUUCUAGACAGGGUGCCAUUUACCUUAACACUGAGGCUGUGGGACAUCUUCCUGUUGGAGGGUGAACGUCUCUUGGUGGCCUUCGCUUACUGUAUCCUCAAAUUGCAUCGUCGUCAGAUCACACGCCUUGACAUGGAUCAAAUUUUAGAUUAUCUUCAGAAAAAAUUAGAGAAGAAUUUUGGUUAUGAAGACGACUACGUGAUAGAAAGUUUGGAGAAGGCCAUGGAGGAGCUGAAGAAGGCAAAGCUUGAUCACCCUGGGGCACCGCCUGACAACGAGCUGCCGCAGCAACCGUUUGGCAUGUUCAUAGAGCCCUCAGUUGAGAAGGAAUCCGGGAUCCGGCGAGGCUUCACGGAAGAGGAGCGGCUCAUCACAGAGAAGCUGAUGAAGCGGACGGAGACCAUCGGCAUCAAUGGCUCUCACCUCUCUGUUGACCGCGGGUCGCGGUAUUCACUGGAGUGCAGCAUUGAUGAAGUGAGCAGCCUGGGUGGGGUCGGAGGGUCCCGGGCCUCCCUUGCCAACACAUCUCUUACCUCAGCGGCGGACCUCUCCACCCUCUCCUCGGUCACCCUAGCCAGGCGUGGUGACAUGGACGCAGCUUCCAUUCAGUCCGGCCGCUCCCUCAUCUCUCCAGACACCCGGUCCGUGCAGUCAGUGCGCUCCCCAAGGUCUCCCACAGAGAAGUUCAGACACUCCAACAACCAUUCGCCAUCCCAGUCGCUGCCUACGCAGACCAAUGGCGAUGUUCAUAGUGACGCAAGGUCUAUUCAGAGUGAAGGUGAAGUCGUGCAUAAUGGCUUGGCGGGUAGCCCCCCGCAUAGCCCAUCUACCCCAAGGCCGUCCUGUUUGUCUGUGAGCCAGACGACCUUGCAAGACGGUGAGGCCCUGCAGUCUGAGCCUGCUACGCCUAAGGCCACGGAGACACCUGACACAGUACGUAUCUUCGUGCCAUACUCAGGGAAUACAGAAUCAACAGCAUCAAAAUCUCAAGCCCCAAGAACUCCGCCUGCAGGAGAAAACCCCAAGUACAUUACUUCGAGCCCCGACGAUCCCAACAGGAUCACCAUUCGCGUCGACAGGGAUGAAGCUCUCUCCUCCCCGAGAGGGCUGUCUUCGGGACCAAAUACCUCCUCGCGAAAUUCUGCCGACUCCCAAGAUCUUCCCUCCCAAAGCUUCACGUCAUCGGUUCUGGACGAUUCGUCAGAUCUCUCCACCACACUUCAGGAGAUGAGCUUCACGCAGGGCAUCUCUCCACGGACGAGACCUUCCUCAGCCCCCAUAUCUCCUUCACUGCCGAAGCUGCAGACAGCUCGAUCCCGCCCCAUCACGCUAGAUAGUCCAGAAUAUAGUGA